AUGAGCAGAGCCGGGGAAGAAGAUGACGACGAAGAGGGCUUCCACGACUCCCUCGACCGCCUCCUCUCUUCCUCGAACACUUCCUGUUCCUGCUCCCAUUCCAACUCAGAAGACGAGGAUCCGAACUGCAAUUACUGCCCCGAGCCAGUGCCCAGGUUCCCCAAGGGAUUGUCUAACAAAUACGAUGUAUGGAUCGCCCAGCCGUCUUCAGUUGAGGAACGCCGCAUCCGUCUCCUCCGCCAAAUGGGCCUCACUAAAGAUCCCUCCCUCCUCCGCCACCGCCCCUCCUUGUCAUCUUCCGGUUGUUCUCCUGACUUAUUUAAAAGAUCCGCCUCUUCGGAUCAUUUGAACACCAGUGAGAGCUCUUCCAAUAUUCAUAAUAAUUCGUUGACCCUUAAUAAUAUUAAUAGUGAUUAUGAUAGUAGUAGUAAUACUAAUGGAAUAUUAUCCGGGAUUGUGAGAUCUAAAUCGGACGGGGGCGGUAAUUCUUGCAAGAGUUUGGAGUUUCACAUAAUUAAUUCCAAUUCCUCUUCACCAGGGAAGGAGGGUAUUAUUGGAACUGGUUUACCUGUGAAGACUGAUAAUCAGAACCACAGUCAAAGCCAUUCUGAUGUUGAGAAAUCUAGCAAUGGAUCGCCAAUGAUCAGUUCCAAAACUCCGAAUAUGCCGCCCAAAAGAGAGAUUAGAGAAGAUUCAAUGUGCAAUGGGAGCUUUAGUAGUUCAUUGACCAUUCCAAGGAAUGGGGAGUCUGAAGAGGGUUUGGAGUGUAAUAAGUUGAAUACUGUUAAUGGGGUGUAUAUGAUAAAAAAUCUGGAUAAUGGGAAGGAGUUUGUGGUGAAGGAGGUGAGGGAAGAUGGGAUGUGGAAAAAGAUCAAGGAAGUUGGGACGGGGCGACAGUUGACAAUGGAAGAGUUCUCUUCUGAGAUGUGUGUUGGGACUUCGCCUAUUGUGCAGGAGUUAAUGAGGAGGCAGAAUGUGGAGGACGGGAUCAAUGAUGGUUUGGAUUCAAAUGCAGAAGGGAACUGUGAGACUGGAUGUAAGUUAAAGAGAGGGAGUUGGUUGAAGAGUAUAAAAAAUAUGACAAGUACUGUUACAGGGCACAAGGAGAGACGAAGCAGCGAUGAGAGAGAUACAUCAUCAGAGAAGGGUGGGAGGAGGUCAAGCUCUGCUACAGAUGAUAGCCAGGAUGUUUCCUUUCACGUGCCUGAAAGAGUUCGGAUCAGGCAGUAUGGGAAAUCUGUUAAAGAGCUUACGGGAUUAUACAAAAUCCAGGAGAUACAGGCUCACAGGGGGUCGAUUUGGACAAUUAAGUUUAGUUUGGAUGGCAAGUAUCUUGCUACAGCUGGAGAGGACUGCGCGAUCCAUGUGUGGCAGGUUGUUGGAUCAGAGAGGAAGGGAGAUUUGUUGUUGGAGAAAAUUGAAGAUGGAAAUUUUAAUCUUCAGUUUUUGGCCAAUGGAUCACCAGAGCCCUCUUCAAUGACACCAAAUUCGGACAAUUUCUCAGAGAAGAAGAGGCGAGGGAAGUCAUCCAUAAACCGAAAAUCAGCGAGCCUUGAACAGAUUUUGGUGCCAGAGACUGUUUUUGCCUUCUUGGAGAAACCCAUCUGUUCAUUUCAAGGACAUCUGAAUGAUGUACUGGACCUCUCGUGGUCCAAGUCUCAGCAACUGCUGUCAUCUUCAAUGGACAAAACUGUGCGGCUAUGGGACUUGUCUAGCAAUUCUUGUUUAAAGAUCUUCGCACACAGUGACUAUGUAACCUGCAUCCAGUUUAAUCCCGUUGAUGAUAGAUACUUCAUCAGUGGAUCCCUAGAUGCUAAGGUGCGCAUAUGGAGCAUUCCUGAUCACCAAGUUGUUGAUUGGAAUGAUUUACAUGAAAUGGUCACUGCAGCUUGCUAUACACCUGAUGGCCAGGGUGCUCUAGUUGGGUCAUACAAGGGAAGUUGUUUCUUAUACGACACAUCAGAUAAUAAAUUCCAGCAAAAAAGCCAGAUCGAUCUGCUGAAUAAGAAGAAAUCUCAUCAAAAGAAAAUUACCGGUUUCCAGUUUGCACCAGGAAGUACAUCGGAAGUGCUUAUUACAUCUGGAGAUUCACGAGUUCGAGUUAUAGAGGGUAUUGAUCUUGUUCACAAGUUCAAAGAUAAUAAAUUCCAGCAAAAAAGCCAGAUCGAUUUGCUGAAUAAGAAGAAAUCUCAUCAAAAGAAAAUUACCGGUUUCCAGUUUGCACCAGGAAGUACAUCAGAAGUGCUUAUUACAUCUGGAGAUUCACGAGUUCAAGAUAAAGAGGGUAUUGAUCUUGUUCACAAGUUCAAAGGGUUUCGUAACACAAACAGCCAAAUCUCAGCCUCCCUAACAACUAAUGGAAAAUACGUGAUCUCUGCUAGCGAGGAUUCUUAUGUAUAUAUUUGGAGACAUGAAGGUGAAUCCCGACCAAACAGAAACAAAGGUGUUACUGUGACCCACUCUUAUGAGCAUUUUCACUGUCAAGAUGUAUCAGUUGCAAUCCCUUGGCCUGGAAUGCGUGACUCAUGGGAAUUACAUGACACGUGUUUUAGAGUUCAAAGCAGUUCUAUUGAUAAUUUUGAGGAGGUUUUAACAGCCAACCAUCCGCCUACUCCAGUCGAAGAACCUAAUGAUGGCGAGAGCUCGCCAUUUGCAUCAGUCAAUAGUAGUCCACUUAAUGGCAUGAUUUCUAGUGAUACAAACAGCUACCUCUUUGAUAGAUUCUCAGUAAUGUGGUCCGAAGAUAAAUUUAUUUCGGCUACCAAGAACACUAGCCCUCAAGUUGAUGCUGAUUUGUCCAACUGGUUAUCCCAAAACAGUGGCAAAGAGUUCUCUAGGAGUGGCCAACGGAUUUCUACACCUCAAAAUUUGCAAAAAUUGUACAGAUAUUUGGCUGCUGCCAUUCUCCCCUCUGCAUUUGCCAUUCAAAAAGAGGGAAAAAAUAGUGCAUCUUUGAAGGACUCUAGCCUCUUUGGAGUUUCAAUCUCAGACCGUAUCAAGGCUGACAAGAGAGAAUUCGGGUUGAGGAAGUUCUCAGUCGGGGCUAUCAGAGCUGAGGCAGUGGCUACCUCUCCAGUUUUCACCCCUGCAACAGUUCAAGGGAAGAAAACACUAAGAAAGGGCACUGUGGUGAUCACUGGAGCCUCCUCUGGAUUAGGCCUGGCAACGGCAAAAGCUCUGGCUGAAACCGGAAAAUGGCACGUAAUUCUGGCCUGCAGGGACUUCCUCAAGGCUGAGAGGGCAGCAAAGUCCGUUGGAAUGUCUAAAGAAAGUUACACCAUCAUGCAUUUAGACCUUGCUUCCCUUGACAGUGUGAGGCAGUUUGUCGAAAACUUCAAGCAAUCUGGCCGGCCCCUCGACGUCUUGGUUUGCAAUGCUGCUGUCUAUCAGCCAACUGCAAGGGAGCCUUCAUUCACAGCUGAUGGGUUUGAGCUCAGUGUUGGGACUAACCAUCUUGGCCAUUUCCUUCUUUCAAGAUUGUUGCUUGAUGACAUGAAGCAGUCUGAUUAUCCAUCGAAGAGACUCAUAAUUGUCGGCUCAAUUACAGGGAACACAAAUACACUGGCUGGAAAUGUACCUCCAAAGGCGAACCUUGGGGAUUUGAGGGGCCUCCAAGGGGGGUUGAAUGGAUUAAACACCUCGUCCAUGAUUGACGGUGGAGAUUUCGAUGGAGCAAAGGCAUACAAGGAUAGCAAGGUGUGCAAUAUGCUCACGAUGCAAGAGUUUCACCGUCGUUACAACGAGGAAACUGGCAUCACAUUUGCUUCCCUUUACCCUGGUUGCAUUGCAACAACAGGCCUGUUUAGGGAGCACAUCCCCUUGUUUAGGCUCCUUUUCCCUCCAUUCCAAAAGUUCAUCACCAAGGGGUUCGUCUCAGAGGAAGAUGCCGGAAAGAGACUUGCACAGGUUGUAAGUGAUCCAAGUUUAACAAAGUCAGGAGUCUACUGGAGUUGGAACAAGGAUUCAGCUUCAUUCGAGAACCAGCUGUCUCAAGAAGCCAGUAACGCCGAUAAAGCUCGUAAAGUAUGGGAAAUCAGUGAGAAGCUAGUUGGUUUGGCUUGA